AUGUCAGAUAUUGAUCAAUGGGUAGAAGCACUAAAAAAUGGAGAGAUCCUGAACAUUCAUGGAUAAUUUUAAGAUUUAACGGAAUAAUUUAAGGUAGGAGGAGAUGUUCCAGAAACUAACUACUUAUUCUUGGGAGAUUUGUGGAUAGAGGAUAUUAUAGCGUGGAGACUUUUCUUAUUACUAUUGGCUUUGAAAGUGAGAUAUCCAGAUUAGAUUACAUUGUAAAUAUAUAUAUUAUAAGAGAAUUGAGGAAAUCAUGAAUCUAGAAAAAUUACUUAAGUAUAUGGAUUUUAUGAUGAAUGUUUGAGAUAAUACAGUACUUUGAAUGUUUGGAAGUAUUGCACUGAAGUUUUUGAUUAUUUGGCAUUGGCAGCAGUAGUCAAUGACAACAUUUUCUGCGUACAUGGUGGUUUGAGUCCCUACAUCAAAUAAUUGAUGAAAUUCGAAUCAUAAUAGAAAAUAGGAAAUACCUCAUGA